AAUAUGUUUCUAUGAGGAGGAGCUGUUUAAUUCAACUUCAACUACAGCUCAACUCCAGGAUGGGACAAUGCCACUUUCACCCGCAUGAUUCACUGUUGUUGAGGUUUUUAGGAUACACCUACUUUAUGUAGAAUAAAAAGCGCACUGACCAGCUGCACAGCGGAUUCAUCUUUUAUUUCUCUCGGACGGGGCCAUGUUUUGGUUGGAUAUAUUUUGCCACCCGGUCUGGGCAGCUGUGUCGGCGCUGCUGGCGCUCGUUGUGCGCGCUCAGCGCAGAGGACCCUGGGAUCCAAAAGCCUGCAGCGUGCGGCUGAGAGGCAAGACUGCCAUAGUGACAGGAGCAAACACAGGGAUCGGAAAGUUUAUUGCCUUAGACUUUGCGCGCCGUGGGGCCCGUGUUAUCCUGGCCUGCCGAAGCGAGUCCCGGGGGACAGCGGCACUCAAAGAGAUCAGGGAGAAAACAGGAAACUCUGAUGUCCACCUGCGUCUGGUGGACCUAUCUUCCCUGGACUCUGUCAGGGAAUUUGCAAAGGGGAUUAUCGAAGAGGAGAAAGCUCUCCACAUCCUCGUCAACAAUGCUGGAGCAUCAGGUUUACCCAGGCAGAUAACCAAAGAUGGCUUGGAAAUUUCCUUUGCCACCAACGUCCUGGGACCAUUUCUCCUCACCAGUCUGCUUCUGGACCUGAUGAAGCGCUCAGCUCCGGCACGUAUUGUCAACCUCUCCUCGCUCAACCAUAAGAAGGGUCAAGUGGACUUCUCUCACUUUCAUGGGGAGAACCUGAUAUACCACAUGGAUUUUGUCUACAACCACACUAAGCUGCACAAUAUCAUCCUCACCAAUGAGCAAGCACGCAAGCUCAAGGGGACAGGUGUCACUGCAAACUCCGUCAACCCUGGUAUUGUCAUGACAGAAGUGAUACGACACUAUUCUUUCAUGGUUCGUUGCAUUUUCAACCUUGUUGGAAUUUUCUUUUUCAAGUCUCCAGAGGAGGGUGCAGUCAGCUCAAUCUUCUGUGCGGUAGCAGAGGAGAUGGAGGGGGUUACCGGGAAAUAUUGUGACAGCGACUGCCACCUGGUUCUCCCAGCCCCUUUAGCUCGAGACACUGCCCUCGCGGUCAAGGACUUCGAGGUCUGCGAGAGACUGACAUCAAAGCUCUGAAACAGCAGUCAGGCAAUAGGAGGCCUGAUAACAGAAAAGGGGUCAAAUUCCACCCUCUUACUGCACUUGUUGAGUAAACCAUUAUGACACAAUAUUUCACUGAAAACGUUUUAUCAUAUUAGCAGUCAACAGAGCCUUCAUAAUAAUUGCAAUCAGCCUCUUCCUGCGAUAGAUAAGUUAAAAAAAAAAAGUCAAGACAAGACAAGACAUGGAGAAGAUCUGUCAAAGUAAGCCUAUAAAACUUGCAUGAUUAUUAAAAAAUAAAACACAUUAAAUACAGACAAAAAACUGUAUGAAAAGUAAUGCCAAGAAAAAGCAAUAUUCACAGGAAUUAUCCUGCUCAAAAUUAAUCCAAUUGGGUUGUUUUAUACGAACUUCCUGCUGUUAUAUUUCUUUACUAUUUUGGUUAUUGUAGAGUGUAUUAGUUGCUGUUCUUCUUAUGCAUUGAAUAGAAUCACUUAUAGGCACUUAGUCAUUGGCAGUUAGUGAUAGAAAAAGCGUCCCCUCAGGACAAAGGUUGGGAACCACUAAGUAAUUGUCAUUCAUGAAAAUGGUGAAUAUGUUUUCUUCUUUUCAAGAAAGUCAUGGGGCUAUAAUUAAGGAUAUGUGACAGAGUGAAAUGAAGGAGUUCCCUGAGAUAUGCUGACACCAAGUGGCCAACACAUGCUAACAUGCUUCUUCAAGAAAGGACAAGAGAGGCUUCAAUAUGUUACAUAAUCACUUUCCUUUAUUGACUGAUUCAAUGAAACACAACAAAACAUUUGAACAUUCAGUGCUUUUUGAAGGAUUUGUACAGCGUUCAUCCCCUGGUGUCCUCCGCCUCGCUAUUUGGCUACAGAAACAGAGAUAGUGGGAGAACAGUGUGGUUACCAAAGACGUUUUUAAUCAUUGCACUAUCACUUGUAACUGUGUGUCUACUUAUAAUCUUUGGAUAAUAAAAGAGGACACAAGGCCAUGCUGUGGGUCUGCUAA